AUGGACCCCCUGGACCCCCCAGCUGGACCCCUGUCAGACAGAACCACCCCCCCCAGAACUGGACCCUCUCAGGACAGAGCUGGACCCCCCUCUGGACCCCCCAGAGUGGAUGGACCCUCUCAGAACAGAGUGGAUGGACCCCCAGAGUGGAUGGACCCCUGUUCAGUGGACCCCUGUCGAUGGACCCCCCAGAGUGGAUGGACCCCCCAGCUACAGAACAGAGUGGAUGGACCCCUGUUCAGAACAGAGUGGAUGGACCCCCUCUCCAGAGUGGAUGGACCCCUGUUCAGUACAGAGUGGAUGGACCCCCCAGAACAGAGUGGAUGGACCCCCCAGUGGAUGGACCCCUGUUCCAGAGUGGAUGGACCCCUGUUCAGUACAGAGUGGAUGGACCCCCCCAGAGUGGAUGGACCCCUGUUCAGAGUGGAUGGACCCCUGUUCAGUACAGAGUGGAUGGACCCCUGUUCAGAGUGGAUGGACCCCUGUUCAGAGUGGAUGGAUGGACCCCUGUUCAGAGUGGAUGGACCCCUGUUCAGAGUGGAUGGACCCCUGUUCAGAGUGGAUGGACCCCUGUUCAGAGUGGAUGGACCCCUGUUCAGAGUGGACCCCUGUUCAGAGUGGAUGGACCCCUGUUCAGAGUGGAUGGACCCCCCAGAGUGGAUGGACCCCUGUUCAGAGUGGAUGGACCCCUGUUCAGAGUGGAUGGACCCCCCCUGUUCAGAGUGGAUGGACCCCUGUUCAGAGUGGAUGGACCCCCAGUGGAUGGACCCCUGUUCAGAGUGGAUGGACCCCCCCCCCCAGCUGGACACCCCUCCGAGUGGACCACCCCCCCUGGACCCCCCUCCCCCAGCUACACCCUCUCCAGAGUGGAUGGACCCCACCACCCUCUGGAUGGACCCCCCCCCAGUGGAUGGACCCCCCUCCCCCAGCUAUACCCUCUCUGAGCCACCACCCCCCCUCCCCCCCAGCUGGACACCCCUGUUCCGAGUGGACCACCCCCCCCAGAGUGGAGCCACCCCUAGCCACCCCCCCCCCAGCCACACCCUCUCCGAGCCACCACCCCCUCCCCCCUGGAUGGACCCCCCCAGCCACCACCCCUCCCCAGCCACCCUCCCCCCCCCCUCCCCCAGCUACACCCCCCAGCUACCCCUCUCCGCCACCCCCCCUCCCCCAGCACACCCCUCCGAGCCACCCCCUCCCCCAGCUAUACCCUCUCCGAGCCACCACCCCCUCCCCCAGCUACACCCUCUCCGAGCCACCCCCCCUCCCCCCACCCCCCCACCCCCCUCCCCCAGCUACACCCUCUCCGAGCCACCACCCCCCCCCCCAGCUAUACCCUCUCCGAGCCACCACCCCUCCCCCAGCUAUACCCUCUCUGAGCCACCACCCCCUCCCCCCCACCCCUCCGAGCCACCCCCUCCCCCAGCUAGCUCCGAGCCACCCCCCCAGCUCCCCUCCCCAGCUAUACCCCCCAGCCACCCCCCUCCCCAGCACCCUCUCCGAGCCACUCUCCGAGCCACCCCCCCCCCAGCUACACCCCCCAGCACCCCCCCUCCCCAGCCACCACCCCCUCCGAGCCACCCCCCCCCCAGCUAUACCCUCUCCGAGCCACCCCCACCCCCCCCCCCCAGCUACACCCUCUCCGAGCCACCACCCCUCCCCCCCUCCCCCCCCCCAGCUAGCCACCCCACCCUCCGAGCCACCACCCCCCUCCCCCAGCUACACCCUCUCCGAGCCACCACCCCUCCCCCAGCUACACCCUCUCCGAGCCACCCCCUCCCCCAGCUACCACCCCCUCCGAGCCCCCAGCCCCCUCCCCCAGCUACACCACCAGAGCCACCACCCCUCCCCCAGCUAUACCCUCUCCGAGCCACCACCCCUCCCCCAGCUCCGAGCCACACCCCUCCCCGAGCCACCACCCCUCCCCCAGCUACACCCUCUCCGAGCCACCACCCCCUCCCCCAGCUACACCCUCUCUGA